GGUCCGGUACUCGGGGGUUGGUACAAGGUACUUGACCGGCUUAUUCCUGGCAGUAGUAAGUCUGUAGCCAUUAAGAAAAUGCUAUUGGAUCAGGGCGGCUUUGCUCCUUGCAUCCUCGGGUGUUUCCUGACCAUCGUUGGCUCGUUGAAUGGAUUGUCUACAGAUGAAAUCUGGGACAAGCUGAAGCGGGAUUAUAAAGAUGCUUUAAUCACCAAUUAUUAUAUAUGGCCAGCGGUGCAGAUCGCUAAUUUCUACUUCAUCCCACUACAUCACAGGCUGGCAGUGGUGCAGGUUGUGGCCAUCAUCUGGAACUCCUACCUCUCCUGGAAGGCAAACCAGGCCUGAGCCUACACGUCUACAGAUGAACUUAUUGGUGGAAUGGAGGACCUUCAUCCAGAAUGACCUUCUCUUGUACACGUCCAACCUGGUCUCCAAAAUGCCAUAUAUGAAGGACUAGGGAUCUGUUACUUGUCUGAAUUCGGUAUUAUUGUUGGUAUCGGUCACUUGUCUGGACUCUGUAAUAUUGUUGGGAUCGGUCACUUGUCUGGACUCGGUAAUAUUGUUGGGAUCAGUCACUUGUCUGGACUCGGUAAUAUUGUUGGGAUUGGUCACUUGUCUGGACUCUGUAAUAUUGUUGGGAUCGGUCACUUGUCUGGACUCUGUAUUAUAGUUGGGAUCAGCCACUCAUCUGUUCUCACUGUCCUCACUCUUUAUACCUUAUCUUUGAUACCACAAUGGUGUCCUGUAAUUCCUGCACUGGUCCAGAUGACUGACAUUUAACCUGCCCCAUCCACUUUUUCAGGAUCUGUCUCAGGGAUGUGCCAAGAAUUUUUUUGUAUUUGUCCUGCAUUAAAGUGAUGCACAAAACUGAAGGGACUCAUGUUGGUGGUGAGAUGCAGGGCAGCUUCUCACAAGAGUUCACAACAUGACCCCCCCUCUGUAGAGUUUGGACAUUUUCACCUUUUCUGCCUGGGAUGUAUUUUUGGCUCACAUUAUGGUUACCUCCUGCCCUCAGUAGUGGAGUAGUAGAGACAUAUUCCACCAUCUUGUGUCCAGCUGAUCUUCAUGGACAGUGAUGGGUUCCUUCUAGCACCAUCCAUGGAGAAGUGUAGGAACGGGGGGGGGGGGGGGGUGUAACAUGCAGGGCCCUCGCUCAACAGCAAGGCCGGACCGGGGAUGAAAACCAGCCCUGAAAAUCAUUGUAGACCAAUCCACAAGCCACCGGCAGCCACAACCAGAUUUAUCCCUUUACCAUACACUAUUUAUCUAUCAAGGACUUACAAAAUAAGUCACACUUUUACCACGUAACAAUAGUUUGAGAAAAGGAAAUAAUAAAAUGGUUACUGACCAAAUCCUACCAAUAACACCAUAUUAUCACCAUACAUAUUACCAUCAUACUGUUGCUGACCAAAUCCUGUAUCCUGCAUCCUGUAUCCAAUAUUACCAAUAUUUAGCGGGCCGUCACCCUGGAGGUAACCGGGGAGCGGGCCGUCACCCUGGAGGUAACCGGGGAGCGGGCCGUCACCCUGGAGGUAACCGGGGAGCGGGCCGUCACCCUGGAGGUAACCGGGGAGCGGGCCGUCACCCUGGAGGUAACCGGGGAGCGGGCCGUCACCCUGGAGGUAACCGGGGAGCGGGCCGUCACCCUGGAGGUAACCCGGGAGCAGGCUGUGAGUCGGACCUAAUACUGUUGUAAUUGCCCACUGGCCUCUGGUAUUGCCCAUAUGGCACAGGUAGGUUAGUGUUUGGUCCCUUGGCGUUGGAGUGCGGGCUCAGGUACGUCCUUCAUAUAAGGAUAUAUUGGAUAAUGUCUCUAUUUUACAUCAGUUUGAGGGUCAGUCAUAUUUCACUGUCUACAUCUACCACAGUAGUGACCGAAAUCUAUGUAUUGCCUUGUAAUAAGAAAACGCCAAAAUAAAACUCGCCUUUCCACUGCGCCCAAGCAGAGCCGUUCCGUCUGGGUCCGGGCCGCACAGAAUGUCCAUGUCAAGGCGCUGCCGACACCAUGACAUACGUUUCACUGCGGUGGUCCCGAUAAGCUCCACUGAGCUGCUGGGAUAGAAUGUUUUCUCUAUUGUAGAUCAACUUUGAUCACGGCGUCUAAGGGGUUAAUGCUGAGCAU